GAAGACAACGUGAUCGGUAGCACAGCGGACGAAUUUCAUGUUGAAGAGAGACAGAGCGAUAGAGAACAAGAGAGCGCAAGCUUUUCGUCAGUGUGUGUAGUGUGUGAGCUUGUGUGAGUGCUUGCGAAAGAGAGCAACAAGUUUGCAAGUGGAAAUUUUAACAAUGAAUUGCUGUGCAAUAUAUUAAAAAAUCAAAAGACUAAAAACAUAGUAUAAACAUAAAAACUGUGCUCAAGGCAACUGCAACUAAAGCGUCAGCAUCACAUUUAAAAUGCCAGCAAAUAACACUUGAAAUAUAUUUUUGUAUUUGUUGCUCAUAAUGAACAAAAGUGUCAAUUCGUUGUAGUAAAUACGACAAGAAAAAAUAUAAAAAAUACAUUAUAAUAAUAGUGAACGAGCGCGAGAGCGAGAUAGCUAAUGACAGCGCCCAAACUUUCGCAGCAGCAGACGUUGAUUUUUGCAGGCACACGACAAACGCUGUGAAAAGUAGCAGUUACAUAUACAGAGACAAACAAAAAAAAAAACAACAGACUUUAAUAAAAUACAGCUGCAGCUGAAACUGAAGCUGAGCUACUGCAACUACAUUGUGUCAUUAAAAAAGCGUGAAUUCUGAUUAACGUGAUUCUAACGAACGAUUCGUGCUAAAAUGGAGUAUGAGAAAAUGUUGUAUCUGACAAAUGCUGAGAUGCCGCAGUUUAAGCACAACGACAACAACGCACAGUUUCAAUCACAGACGCCGGUGGAGCAGUUUGCCUCGUAUGCCUAUGCGGAUAAUUUUGAUUUGUCGCUGCUGCCGGAGGAUACGGGCAUACCCACUACGGUUUACCAGUACAACGCGCCACAGAUUAAAAUCGAGAGCGCCUGGGAAAUUCAGGAGCAGCAGCCAACGAACAAUGCUGUCUAUGGCAGCUCCAGCAGCAAUCAGUUAAUACCGCCACCACCCGCCUAUCCGCAUAGCGCCUAUCCCUCACCUCAAUCCAGUCCGCAGCAGUCGGAGUUCGCUUCGUUUGCCUACGGCGGUUACAACAGCAGCUACGAUUGCCUGAGCAGUCCCUGUCCCUCGCUGGAUGCCAGCAGCAUUAAGCAGGAGCUGCACAUACUGCCCCCAUCGCCACCCGAGUCCAACUGCGAGACGCCCUCGCCGCGCUCCAGCUGCUCCAGCGAUAGCAUCAAGGCCGAGCCACUGGAUGCGGAGGUGGAGAGCUUCAUAGAUUUGAAUUCAUUGCUGCUGCAGCAGCACCAGCAGCAACAAGCAGACAUCAAGCCAAGUCACCAGCUGCUGCGCGAGUGCCUGGAGGACACAACGUUCCAGAAGAAGCACAAUCUGAAGCCGCUGGCACUGGAGUCCUUCAUUGGCGGUCUAGCCGAGGUGCGUGGUGACUUUGAGCCGGUCAUAUCGCUGGCGCUGGAGCAUGCCAAGCGCGAGGCGGACGCCAUAUGCGCCGAGCUGCAAAUAUCGCAGGAUCCCAAUGCUUGGACAUGUGCCCAAGUGCAUGCCUGGCUGCGCUCCACCUUGGCGCAGUUCAAACUACCCGAUGCGAAGCAUCUGGAAUUGCAAUUCCAAGAAGACGGCGCUGCGCUGGCAUUACUCAGCGAGGAGGAAUUUAUGCGUCGACUGCCCGAGAGCGGCAGCACAUUGCACGCACAGCUGGAGAUAUGGAAGAUGGCCUAUGCCGAUCAGCUGGGCAGCCAAAUGGAACCAACCGCCCAGCAGACGUCAGCCAACAACAACGAUAUAUGGCCAACAGCCUACAGCCAACAACAGCUGCCAAGUCAGAGCAAUGAGGAUAGCGAAGACGAUGAGGAUAUGGAGGCUACAACUGUCACUACAUCGCCUGCCACGCCCACUCUGACGCCCACUGUAGCAACGGCUAAGCGUUCUGGAGCUGCUCGCAAUGGCGGCGGCUCGCACAUACAUCUGUGGCAGUUUCUCAAGGAGCUGCUGGCGACGCCGCAACUGAAUGGCACCGCCAUACGCUGGAUCGAUCGCAAUAAGGGCAUCUUCAAGAUUGAGGAUUCGGUGCGCGUGGCCAAGCUGUGGGGACGCCGCAAGAAUCGACCGGCCAUGAACUACGACAAACUGUCGCGCUCCAUCAGGCAGUACUACAAGAAGGGCAUUAUGAAGAAGACGGAACGCUCGCAGCGUCUGGUCUAUCAGUUCUGCCAGCCCUAUCAUCAGUGAGUGAGGAGCAGCAGCAGCAGCAGCUGUGCGCAAGACGGCCUGGCCUGGUUGACUAGUUCUAAGCGUAUUUAUUUUUGAUUGCCGCCACCUCCUGCCCCCGUCCAAUCCCACCACAGCAGCGCCACUAAGCUCGACUAGCCGCUUUUGCUCUAGCGAGUAUUAGUGCUUGUACAGUUACAGUUAGCACCUAGUGUAGUUAUAUACAGUUAUAGGCACGAAGGUAAGUUCGUGCAUUAGUUCGACUCGCGCUUGCAGCCGAGUGGAUUAGGCUAAAGCCUGAAGCAGCUGGCGAAGGUAAGUUCGUCCAGCGGCGGCUUUAAGUUCAAACCGCAAUCAAUUUGCAAAACACACACACACACACACACACACACAUACAAUUGCAUAUGCAUAUGUUUGACUUACCGGCGACACCUUUAUUCAAAUGCUGUCCAUACACAUUGAGCGUCCUGCAAGUCCUGCUGUUGUUUUUUAAUGCAAUAGUAGCCCCAAUGGCGAACUUGCUGCAACAGCGGGGGGCACUUGCAACGUCGUGCGACAGCAGAAGGUGUUGCGGUAAUUUUAGGAACCAUAUAUCUAUGAUAUAUCAAAAGUAAGUUCUAUGAACAACAAAACGAACAAUUUAACGAAUAUUUUUAGUAACUUAGUGCAUAAGCAAAAAAGUUUAUAAUCCCCUUAAUCCUUGAAAGUUUUUUCUCUUUUUUA